AUGAUUUCACAACACCAUCCACUACUGAUGGGUCAUUCUCAUCGGGUGUCCUCUCCAAUGAUGAGAUUCCAUAGUCAUCGUCAUCAUGAUGCGAAUCAACAAAAGAAUAAUAACAACGAUAAUAGUGAUAAAAAUAAUAAUAAUAAUGAAUUAAUGCAAGGACGUCGUUGGUCGCUGCCAUCAAAUGAAAAACAAGAGCAACGAAUUUAUAAAAUUGCAAAUCACUUAUUUCCCGAUCGCUUCGAAAACUCUAAAAAUCAAUACCAAUCUCACAACGGAAACGAAAAUAUCAAUCAUUACACUUUUAAUGAUUUUAACAAUAAUAAUAAUAAUAAUAUUCAUGAACAUUUAACCAAGAACCAUAACAUUUCCGAUUUGUGGAGGGAACGAAUACGACUCAUGGUGUACACUAUUCAAAACUUUUUAAUUCAUCAAACCCAGCAACAACAACAACAACCAAUAGGUGAACAUUUUACAAAACGUAGUCCUUCCAAAUUUAAGCGAUUCACACACAAACCACAACCACGAUGGAUUCAAUUCUUAAAACUUUACUGGCGUGUAGCACAACAAAAACUUUUGCAAAAUCCAACUUCUUACUACACCAAGAUUUUAUUACCAUACUUGCCUGUGAUUUCUGUGACAGGAAUGGCACUUUCAGAUAUGAAAGAUCCUUCAUCAUCCAUAUUACGUAAAUUAUUGGGUACAUACUUGUCAUCAAUCUCCAACGUACUGAAGCACACGAAAGGCAAUAUUGGAUUAUUGAACAAUCAUGAUUUGAAAAUUUCUAUUCCUCAAAUUUCAGUACAUCAUCUCAGUAUGAUUGAGAUUUUAAUUGCCAUUUCCAUUAUUGUGACAUUUUCUGGUCUUACAGGAGCUGUGCUUGCUCAAGUUUACGAAGAAAGUAGAGUGAGUAAUGCUCUUUUGGAUUUAGCCAAACUUCAAGAAGGUCUUGUGUUGUACUAUACAAGACAUGGCAAAUAUCCACUUGCUUUGGAAGAUUUGUUGGAGGGUGGAGAAUUGAAUAAGGUACCCAAAGAUCCAUGGGGAACUGACUAUUUAUACGUGCCUCAUUUGGACUGGAAUCGUUUGAAUAGAAUUCUACUCACAACGAGCAGUGGUGGAAGUGGUGCUGGCAGUAGCUCUAGUAUUUCCCAACAACUUUCCUACUACAAUGAAGUUUUAAAGAGAAUGGAAACAGUGUUGUUGACAUUACCUGGUGGAGUAACUCCCAUGUCAUUGCUUGCCAUCUCGAAUGAUCAACCCUUCUGUAUUUGUGUAGGAACGAAAAUACCUCGCUUCCCAAGCAAGAUUGAUGUUGAUGUUUCUCGAGAGCGUAUUCGUUACACAGCCAGUCUCAUGAAGAUGGCAAUGGAGCGGAGUAGUGUUGCCAGCAGUGUCUCCCAGCAAGGUUCUUCUUCCCAACAACAAACAUCCGUCAUGAACCAGAUCGCAGAAUUGAAUGCUCGUAUCAAGAACAUCCUUAACAUUGCUCGCUCGAGUGCUGGAAGUGGUGGUGCCGAAUAA